AUGUUUUGGGAUGAGUUUGUCCACACAAAUGGUUUGUAUCCAAAGUUUCUCAUUAGAUCCACAUUUACGGGCACUUGUGACAGGUCUUCAUAUUUGGGUGACUUCUCUUGUAUGAGUGCCACACUUAAACUCGUCCGACGGGUCAGCUAUUAUGUGAUCCGAGUGUAUGCGCCCACCUUUCUCUCAGUUAUCGUCACUUUUGUCGGGUUUUGGAUACCUAUCCUGGGCUGGCCCGCAAGAGUACGGGAACUGGUGACAAUCCUCGUGACACCACUGCUUAGUUUGAUAACACAAGACAUAUCACUGAAUAACGACAUAAGUGUGGCCUAUGUUGUGGCCAUUCACUGGUGGAUGAUCUGGUGUCAGAUAUUUGUAUUCCUGGCGCUCAUUGAAUACGCGAUCGCCAUAAUUUGA